AUGGCGACAAACUAUGGUAUUAAGGGGACCCUGGAUAUGAAUAAGGAGGAUGAAGCUAAACAUAUGCCAUCGUCCUUAGAGGCUGCACAUUUGCUUCCUUCAUUACCACCACCAGUACGUGAACACUUUUCUGCAUUGCCUCCUGCUUCCCAAAACCACUUCACUAAGCAAACGUUAUUAUCACAAGCCCCCAAUGCUUUGUCUCGUUUACUUGUGCGUAUCCGCUGGACUUUGACUAGGAAUAGACCCACCAGACCCACCGAUUAUCUUUCGGCAUUCUUGUCGUCUGUUGUCAUGGGGAACAUCAUUUGGAUAGUAUUGGGGACCACGACAUUUGGAUUAUUUGGAAUGUAUCUCCUAUACUAUUUCGACCAUAUAUGGAGGAAAAUCGACAGCACUACAGAGUCUCUGAAGAAAUCAAGAGGUGACAAUUCAACUAGCAGUGGGGACAUUUCUGAUAGGGGGAUCUUGAGUUCGUUUACAAGUGCUGUUUUGUCACAUGGAUUAGGAUUGAAGUUUCUGUUCACCAAAGGUCACAUCUUACCAGAAUUUGAAGAUGGAAUGCUUAAAUUCAAAAAGGUACAUCUUUGUUCGGUUGAUAAUGACUUUAAAACCAUGACUUUUGAAGCCAGUAUCGAGUCUUUGAAUUUAUCUCUUUCCUUCAAUAAAUGGUAUGAAGGUAACGGGUUGAUCUACGAAGCAGAAAUAAACGGGUUGAAUGGGAAAAUCUAUGAAAAGAAUGUUGAACCUUCUGCCUUGGUGCUUCGAGAAUCAUUGGAACGGAAUCUUGAAAAUACCAAAGUUGUACCUGAAGAAUCCCCUUAUAACUUCACUCGAUUCAACGAGAACCAUUAUCAGUAUGAUGAUGAAUAUGAGGUGAAAAAUCCCAAUAUGCAAAUCAAACUUUUUGAUCCAAACUAUAAGUUAGACAGCUUGAGGAUUCUUGAUUCAUAUGUUGAAGUAUUUGAGCCAGGCCAACACUCAAACCCCAUGAAAAUUGGUAUAUUUAAUUGUGAACUUCCCAAACUUUCAGGCGAUAGAUUACUCUUGGAUUUCUUUGACGCUAGUAAUGUUACCGGGUCGAUAAACGAUUCCAUGUUUUCAAUUCACAAGCAUCAGCAAUUCAAUCUGGAUGGAGGUAACAUCGUGAGAUUUAAAUUGGAUGGGAUUAACUUGAAAUCAAUGGGGUAUGAGAAUCUGAACUUGAAUUGGAUAGUCCAUGGAAGAGCAGACAUCACUGCCGAUAUCAACAUUCCUGAAACAACAGAAACUGAACAAUUCAAUUUAUCCAGUGAGUAUAAAAGAGUGAGCAAAUUCUGUUCAAAUGUCAUGAAGGAUUUGGGUAAUUUAACUGCCGAAAGGAACGAAACAAACGAGAAUACUUCUACUUCCACUAAUGGGUUGGAGGGUAGCAAUAACAAGAAUUUACUUCGUGGGGCAUUAGAUGCUUUGUAUGCCACAUUCACAAGGGAAGAAGAACAAACAAGAGAUCCUAGUGCUCAAUAUGUAUUGGUGAAUGUUAAGAUGAAAUUCUAUGAUCUUAAGGCAUCAUUACCAAAAACCAUGCCUCGAUCUAAGACUACAGACGUUCCAUUCAUUGACCUCCAGUCAUUGAGAUCUUUAAUAACUUUCAUCAACAGUUCUGACAGAAACCCCGUCGUCAUCAACACUUUGGUGAUUGAGAAAAUGAGCGACUUGUACAAUGUGGAUAAGAUUAGUGAAACAAGAAUGUUUGACUUGAUCAUGAGUGAUGUCUAUCAUGAAUUACUCAAGAUGAGCAAACAGGAAACACAACGAAUUAUGGAACAGAGGGCCAAUAUGUGGUCUCAUUCAUUAGCAAGUCAGUUGCUAUUGUUAGGGUUAGGUGCAAUUGUAUAA